AUGACGCACACAGUGACACAUCCAGAUCGUCUGUGGACCGCGGUGUCUAACCGAUCGCAAAGCCUCUACAACAAACUCUACAGCAAAAUCGCGCUCUACACGCUCUACAUCUCUACAGCUCUACAGCUCUCUACACUCUACAUCCUCUACAACCUGUAUGUAUGGUACUCUGUGGUCGAUGCGGCAAAGCAGCUCGUCGCCUUCAUCGACGAGCAGGCGCCCCUCUGGAGCGCCGCCGCGAUGCGCGUGGCGGAGGAGCACGCCGCACGGCUCGUGGAGCAGCCCGAGUGGGUGCUCUCCGAGGUCCUCCUCUCACCGGACCUCGCCCCGCACAUCCUCGCCCAGCUGCCGACCGAGGCGCACGCCGUCAAGGGGACCUCGUUGGAACUUGUCUAA